CAUGGAGCCCUAACCACUACACACGGACUUUCAGGAAGAAAUAGACAGGAAAACAUACGCAUGGACUCGGAGUAUUUAAAAAGAAACCUGGGUCAGUGCCUGGCGGACGGCCUGGCUGAAGUGGCCGAGCAGCGACCUGUGAACCCGAUCCUGUAUCUGGCUCACUGGCUUUACAAGUACAGCUCAAACCGUGAAUACCAAACAGAGAAAAAGGCCAAACUGGCACUCCUGGAGAAAGAGCAGGCAAAGGCCAGAGAGGAGGAGUUACACCAGGCGAAGCUAAGGGAGGAGGAGCGAAAGCUCUCUGAGAAGAAGCCCACAGAUUCUGAAGCACCCACCGCAGCCACAACAGGAGUCGUUGAGGACAGCAAACCCGUACAAGAUGAGAAAUCAAACACACCCAAUCUGGAAAACCAGCAAGGCGCAGAAGAUCGCCAAACUGAAGUGCAGGAAAAUGUCACUGAAAAGGAGGUGGACAUCACAGAUAAAGCAGCAACCACUCCAGAGCCACCUGAAGGAAAACCUGCAGAGGUCAGUCAUUCUUACCUAUCUGAGGGGCAGGGCACAGAGGUCAAAGAGGAGUCUGAAGAGAAGCCUGAUGAAAAAACUGAAGUGGAGACAAGGAUGGAGCAAAUAGAAGAAAAAACAGAAAUAGAGCCAAGUACGAAUAGUGUUGAGGAAAAAACUGAAGAGGAGGAGAAGGAAGGAAUUACCAGCCAAAAAGAAGAGAAGGAAGGUGACCAAGAUGAGGAUAAGGAGGUUGAUCAAUCUGAAACUGCUGAACCUGAGAAGACUGGCCCACUACAGUCAACUCUCACACAAGAUGGGAGUGAUUCAAAAUCAAAUGAAACAGAAGAUCAAUACAGCAAGCAAAGUCCUCCUGACCUUGACUCUCACAACACAGAAAAGGCCCAUGAAGAAGAAACUGGCAAACCUGAAGAUGCCAUCCAAGUGGAGCCAGCUUCAGCUCCACAGAGAGAGAACAUCGAACCUGAGAAGACAUCUGAAUCUGAACAGGAGGCACAGGAAUCAGGAAUUCUCCUGGACCAAGAAAAGGCAGGUGAUGAAGAACUGAAGAGCAAAAGCACUGAUUCCUCACCUCCAGCUGAGGUUGAGGUAACAGCAGAGGAAAUGAUGCAGCGCGGGGAACCUGAGAGUUCACAAGAGGAACCUGAAAAGUCUCCGUCUAACGAGGAAGACUCCCAGGAGAAGGACCAAGAAGAGGAAGAAGACCAAGCUUGAUCACAUCACAUGUCCGAGCUUUUACCGAAGCUGAAAUCAUAAAUGGUU